AUGGCUCCCAAGUCCAAGAGCCGACGAGCCGAGCCUGAGGCUGCGGAGGACACCACCAUGGAGGAUGCGCCUCCCUCUCACCAACCACAAGCAGAGGAUAAUGCCGAACCGCAAGAGGCAGAUCAGCAAAUGGACCAGGAUGUAGAGGAAGAGGAAGAAGAAGACGAGUCACGGCGGGUCAACAUGUUACCUGGCUCAACACCUACAGCUGCCUCAUUCGAGUUUAUCGAUGAAGGGCACACUCUAGGAAAUGCUCUGAGAUUCAUCAUCAUGAAGAACCCCGAGGUUGAAUUUUGCGCCUACGCUAUUCCUCACCCUUCUGAGGCAAAGAUGAAUAUAAGAAUUCAAACUUAUGAGGGCACAACAGCUAUCGAGGCUUUGGAGAAGGGCUUGAAGGACCUCCAAGACCUCUGUGAUGUGGUGGCUGACAAAUUCUGGACAGCAGCCCAGGGAAUGCCCAAGACACCGGCACCAUCUAAGAAGCAACUAGAUGAGAAUGGCGUGCCUCUGUGA